AUGACUAUGAUAGGACAUACAUCUUGGAAUCAGUGUAAAGAAGUCUUCCUUGGUACUGAAGAAGGUAAUGUGAAUGUGAAAGAAACAGAAACACAUGACAAUGUUCAGAUUCAUGAAAAAUAUUGCAGUGGAGGGAAACCCUAUGUAUGCAAGCAAUGCGGGAAAGGUUUUACCACACAUGGAAUUUGUAAGAAACAUGAAAGAAUUCACAGAGGAAAGAGACCCUACAUAUGUGAUCAGUGUGGGAAAGCUUUUACAGCACGUACAUAUUGUCAAGUACAUGAAAGACUUCACUCUGGAGAAAAACAUUAUGAAUGUAAGCACUGUGAGAAAGCUUUCAGCACAAGUACUUAUUGUGUAAUCCAUGAAAAAAUUCACACUGGGCAGAAAUCGCAUAUAUGUAAGAAAUGUGGGAAAGCUUUUAGCAGGAAAAUUCAUUUUCAAAUACAUGAAAAUGUUCACACUGGAGAGAAACCCUAUGUGUGUAAGCAAUGUGGAAAAGGUUUCACCCAAGUUGGACAUUGUAAGGAACAUGAAAGAAUUCACACUGGAGAGAAACCUUUUGUAUGUAAGCAAUGUGGGAAAGCUUUUAAAACACAGGGAGAUUGUAAGAUACAUGAAAGAAUUCACACUGGAGAGAAACCAUAUGUAUGUAAGCAAUGUGGGAAAGCUUUUAAAACACAGGGAGAUUGUAAGAAUCAUGAAAGAAUUCACACUGGAGAGAAACCCUAUGUAUGUAAGCAAUGUGGGAAAGCUUUUAACAGACGGGAAGGUUGUAAGAGACAUGAAAGAAUUCACACUGGAGAGAAACCAUAUGUAUGUAAGCAAUGUGGGAAAUCUUUUACCACUCAUGCAAAUUGUAACGAACACGAAAGAAUUCACACAGGAGAGAAACCAUAUGUGUGUAAGCAAUGUGGGAAAGCUUUUAAAACACGUGCAUAUUUUAAGGUUCAUGAAAGAAUUCACACUGGAGAGAAACCCUAUGUAUGUAAGCAAUGUGGGAAAGCUUUUAAAACACAGGGAUAUUGUAAGAAACAUGAAAGAAUUCACACUGGAGAGAAACCAUAUGUAUGUAAGCAAUGUGGGAAAGCUUUUAACAGACGGGAAGGUUGUAAGAGACAUGAAAGAAUUCACACUGGAGAGAAACCAUAUGUAUGUAAGCAAUGUGGGAAAGCUUUUACCACUCAUGCAAAUUGUAAUGAACACGAAAGAAUUCACACAGGAGAGAAACCAUAUGUGUGUAAGCAAUGUGGGAAAGCUUUUAAAACACGUGCAUAUUUUAAGGUUCAUGAAAGAAUUCACACUGGAGAGAAACCCUAUGUAUGUAAGCAAUGUGGGAAAGCUUUUAGCACAUGGGGAGAUUGUAAGAAACAUGAAAGAAUUCACACUGGAGACAAACUCUUAUGUAUGUAAAUAAUGUGGGAGAGCUUUUAAAAUGUAGUGAGAUUGUAAGAAACAUGAAAGAAUUCACAAUGGAGAGAAACCCUAUGUAUGUAAGCAAUAUGGGAAAGGUUUUACCAACUCUGGACAUUGUAAGCAACAUGAAAGAAUUCACACUGGAGAGAAACCAUAUGUAUGUAAGCAAUGUGGGAAAGUUUUUACCCAACACGGACAUUGUAAG